CCGUCAGUGCGCUCGCAGCCCCCGGGAGCGCGGGAUGGGUGGCGCGCUGCUGCUCGCGCUGCUGGCGGCGGCGCGGGCCGGCGAGCCCAACGCGACCGACCUUCUCGACCUGGACUUCUCGACUGACCUCACACCAGAGCCCGAGGCGGACGAGAAAACGCCGCUGUUCCCCGUAGACCUGUUCACGGAUGAGCAGCGGCGAUCGGGCGCCGUUCUACUGCACGUGGUGGGCAUGGGCUACAUGUUCGUCGCGCUCGCUAUAGUGUGCGAUGAGUUCUUCGUGCCAGCGUUGGACGUCAUCAUCGAGCGGCUGGCCAUACGCGACGACGUCGCCGGCGCUACGUUCAUGGCCGCCGGCGGCUCCGCGCCAGAGCUGUUCACGUCCAUCAUCGGUGUCUUCGUGUCGUUCGACGACGUGGGGAUCGGCACCAUCGUGGGCUCCGCUGUCUUCAACAUCCUGUUCGUGAUCGGUGCUUGCGCGCUGUUCUCGCGCACUACGCUGUCGCUGACGUGGUGGCCGUUGUUCCGCGACUGCACCUUCUACUCCGUCAGCCUGCUGGUGCUCAUAUACUGUUUCCGUGACAGCGAGAUAUACUGGCAGGAAGCUCUGGUGCUGUUCUCACUGUACGGCGCGUAUGUGAUGUUCAUGCGAUGGAACCAGCCCGUGGAGCGCGCGCUGAAGAAGCUGAUAUACAAAAACAAGGUGACCCGCGUUAGGAGCACGGACCAGCUGAUGCCCACGCACCAGACCGCCGCCCAAACUUUGCACGGCAACGCCACGACGUCGAGCGAGACGUCGGUGGGCACCAACACGGCGACUGCGCCGGCGGGAGGCAGCAAACCGCCGCCCGCCGCCAAGUUCCGGCACGGGCUGCUCCAGCUCAUGAUACACACCAUAGAUCCGAUGCACGACGGUGAGUUAGGUAAAGUAGACGAGAAGGCGACGCAGCUGCACGCGAUAGCAUCGCUGAAGGUGCUGCUAGAAGCGACCAAGCCGACGGCGGGCGGCGCCGGGGCUGCAGCCGCGAGACACUCCGCGGCGGCCGCCCAGGCCAAAGAGACGCCGCUAGACCUGCCUAACGGAGGUCUGGCGGACGUCCAGUUAGAUGUUAUAGAAGAAAUCGGAGACCUGGAGGACGACACGACGCCGCUGGACAUGUCGUGGCCCUCCGGCUUCCGGAAAAGGCUGACGUACCUGUUGGUCGCUCCCAUUGUCUUCCCACUCUGGAUGACCCUCCCGGACACCAGAACUCCGAGAGGGAAGAAGUAUUUUCCUGUAACAUUUAUAGGGUCUAUAGUAUGGAUAGCGUUCUUCUCUUACCUCAUGGUGUGGUGGGCGAACUUGGUGGGGGCUGCGGCGUACGUGCCCCCCGAGGUGAUGGGGCUCACGCUGCUGGCGGCGGGGACCUCGGUGCCGGACCUCAUCACGUCUGUGAUCGUUGCCAGAAAGGGCUUCGGAGACAUGGCCGUCUCCAGUUCUGUUGGCAGCAAUAUUUUUGACGUCACUGUGGGGUUACCCCUACCGUGGCUUCUAUAUGGGGUGAUAUAUGGCGAGCCAGUUCGGGUCAAUUCCAAAGGCAUGGUAUGCAGUAUCGUGUUGCUCUUCGCCAUGUUAGUUUUCGUCAUCAUCAGCAUCGCUUGCUUCAGGUGGAAGAUGAACAAAGGACUCGGUUUCACCAUGUUCCUUCUCUACUUCGUCUUCGUGGCAGUCAGUCUGGGUCUAGAAUACGGAUACUUCCAUUGCCCUAGUGAAUGAAUCAUGAAUUUAUUUUUUAGUAUAAAUCGGGACUUUUGUAGCGUCUGUUGUGUGUUUGGAUUCAUAUUGUCCAAAAUCAACUACAGCUGAUAGUAGAAUUACAUUGUAAACUUUGGUAAAUAGUAUGCAGAUAAAUCUGGUUAAGUACCGUAUAAUUCUGGUCAUUAUUUUCAUUUGGAUUAAUUUAAUUGCAAUCUUUACUUUUGGAGUUUACUGGAAUUUGACAGUGUUUUUCGACAAUUUAAGAUAAAUUAAUUUUAGCUAAAGGAUCUUUAGCUAAAAGAUUCUUGCUAAAAAUUUCUUAGCUGUGUUAUUUUAAUUAGUUUGACCUACUUAACUAGAUUUAACUGUUUCAAAACUACAGCACCAUUGGAUUGCGCUGAAACUGUUUAAUUGUGUUCAUUUAUUUCAUUAGUAUGUUAAAGUAGGUUAUGUAGUUAAUUGCUUACAUUUAAUACAAAUAUACCAAAAAAAUGUGUAUACCAAAAGGCAUGUGAGAAAUUAAUAAGAACCAAACGUUCAUGAUAAAAUGGUAAUUAUAUUCGGAGAAAUUAUAAACUAAGUAAUUAUAACUCAUGUGCAAUAAACCGGAAUAUCCAUACAGUUGAAAAUAACAAGUGAAUAUAUUACCAUUACCCUAUCAAUUCAUGGGACGAUGUAUGGUCACAAAACAAAUUGGUUAACAUAACAUUUGAUAGGCCUUUUAGAAACUAAGACUUUGUUUUAAAUCUUUUGAUGUUUUUCGUGCCUGUAAAUUACGUUAAUUUACAUGAAAUAUUAUUGAUGUAAAGAAAUUUCAAUCAAUAUUUGAAUGAAAUUCCUUAUAGCUAUCAAAAUGGUAUACAUAAAUGCUCAAACUAUAAAAAAAUUGUUUUCUAAAAUUUCAUUUCAUUUUGAUAUCAACAAUGUUGCACAAAUUAUAAAUGUCAUUUAUACAUAAAGAACGAACAUAAGAACUGAACAGUUAGUUAAUUGGUUUAGGAUCGUUUAAAAAAAUUUUCUUGAAUGAAUACCGUUUAAAAAGCUAUUCAGUUUUCAGUUGAGAGUAAAAUCAGAAGGAGGAAAUGAAAAUCGUUAUUGUUAUUAUUAUUAAUAUGUUCAUUAAUAAUUCAAAUACAUUUGUUUGAACAUAAUUAAUAAAGUUUUGUUUACAAAAGAUGUAGACAUCGAUAUAGUGUAUAUUUAGAAGAUAUUUAUAUAAACGUUAGUUGUUUCAAAGCUUUUACGAUAAUAUUUUAGCAGGAUUUUAAUACCUCCUCUACAUUCAUUCUAGAAAUCGGAAAAAGUUCAAUAUUACUAUAUUUAGAAUUUUUUCACGUUUAAGUUUUUUACUCGAUACGAUAGUUACGUUUGCGAAAUCUAUAACAAUAUCAAUUAUGUCAUUAUUUUAUGGGAAUUCUUCUGGAAAAAAAUGUAGAGGAGGUUUUACAAAAAAAUAGUGUGCCGGCAACUCGUUUUUGAUUUUUAAUUAUUUUUGUAAAUAUUUUAAUUGUAAUAAAUGUAGUUGUUAUUUUUUUGUUAUAUGUUGUGUUAGGUCGGAUUGAAUUUCGUCCACAUCCGUAAGGGUUAGGGGGAGGCAAAAAUUUUAUACGAAUUUUUACAUAAAUGCGGAUAAGCAAUUGAUCGUUCAUUUCAUCUUUGAUAUGAUAAUCAUUGAUUGCAUUAGACUACCCUACAUCCAGAUUUUCUAGCUUCUCUUCAAGAUCUUGUUUAAAUGUGAUAUUUUGUCCAUUACAUUAAAUAUGUAAAUUUAGUCUGUAUAAAUUAUUGCGCAAUAGCUCAUUAGUACAAAAAAUAACAUUUCUGUAAUUUCUGAGAGCUACCUUAAACCAUGCACAAGAAUAGAGGAGAAUAAUCCAUCUAAAACCAUAGAAAUAUCCAACGUUAUCUAUAUUAAUCGUAGACUGAUUUCGUAACAUAACUCCAAUAGGAAAAGAUUAAUGAAAAUGAAUAUUAUUCAUAGUGUGCAUAGUAUCUAUAUAUUAAAAUUGUCUCUUGGAUCUGAAUACCAGUCUCAAAGUUCAGAAUACUGUUUGCAAUGAACAGAAAACAUCUAUAAUACAAAUACAACGUCUAUAUUUCAAGAAAUAAGAGAAAUCUAUAUCAGACAAGGUUAUGAGGCUUAAGCGCAAUGUAAAUUACGGAUUUGUAUAUUUAGUAGAUAUAAAGUCUAAGACGAUGAUGAGUGAUUAUCGUAAAUUGGCUUCCAUAAAAAUAGCACCAUAUCUGAGGUGCAUUCAGAUUUGGUCCUCGCUAAGAACGGUGUUCUGUAAAUGAUAAAAAUUAAUAUUAUCAAUGUGUCGUCUAUAUUAUAUUUUUCAUAUAAUAUUAAUGACAUUCUAGUAAAUAUAAAAAUGAUGCCGAAGGUUGUCGUUGCACAAACGUUAGAUAAAGUGAUAAAGAUAGCUGAUAAAGGAUAUGGGAGAUUUUGACGAUUUUCUACAUCAUAGUACCUACAAGUAAUUGAAAAGAAGAAAAAAUAUGUGGAAAACGAAAACUUAAACUGUUAUUGUGGUAUAUAUAGUGUGGAAUUAUUAUUUAUUAUAAUAACUCGUGCAUCUUUCAUUGCCUUACUCAAUGUUUUCUUCUUAUUGAUCGAUCCAUAAUGUGUGAAAUUAAAACAAUUAGAACAGCAAAAGAUAUUUCACGCAAAGUAAAUGGUGACUUCAAAUAUGUUUUACAGAUCAUAAUGAAUUUCUUGUUUCAUUUCUCAGUAAAAAAAAAGAAAUUGUAUCUGUUAUUUGAGACAGAAUGAAAAUGCUAUAGUGUACAAUAUAGAGAGAGAACGUCGUCAAAAUGACCCACCAGCUCUCGAGUCGUAAUGUAAAUACACGUGUAGCAGGCUGUUUGGAGCGGGACAAAUGUGGACUACAUAACACUGAUACAUCUUAAUCCAUAUAAUGUGCCUAAAAGUUUUAAGGAGCUCAGACAUGCUUAAGUAACUUCAGUAUUAUAAUAAAGCAAAUACGGGUCUUCUAUCGUCAGCAGAACUUUUAGUGCUAUAAGCUUUUUAAAGGCACAUAUGUCCCGCUCAUCUAUUGUAGUAAAUAUAGUUAAUACUAUAGUUAUCUAGCUCACUUUUGCAAAUUCAUUGUCUUCCUAUUAAUUUUAAUCAUUUUGAUCUUUAAACUAUUCUUCAUCACCACCUAAAUGUGAAAUAGUAUCGAAAUUUGGAUGGUCUGUUGAUUUGUCAUUAAAAACAAACACGGUUUAAUAUUUCACACGGCCUACUUCUGGCUAAAUUAUAACAUCUUUUAUAAACCGUCCGUAGUUCUUCUUUGCUCUUAUCUUGUUUCUACGAAUCCAAUUGAAUAAUAACAAAGUUUGUAAAGGUAAUUUUAUUAAAAUCAAUUGUUAAGAUCCCACGAUAAACAUUAUAACCCGCCUAUUUGACAUAGCAAUAAAUAUACUAGAAUAGAUAGAUAAUAUUAUUGUUAAGCUUUAACAGUUCAAACAAUGUAACGCUCAAAUUAAUAUUAUCCGAUUACAUGCUGAAAAAAGAAGAUGAAUUAUGUGUAUGCGCACAAAUAUUCUCAAAAGAAACAAAGUUGACAAGCAGUUCGAAAGGCAAAAUUAAUAAAUUCUCGUAUUUCUACAUAUCGAUAGGUGUCAGACAAUCAUAUAAAUCAUAUUCUGUGAUAAGGACUACUUAUGACGUAUUUACAUACAUAGCAUUGAAUAGAUCAUUUAUUAUCUUCUUAUAUCCCACAAUAUGUAUCGAAUACUGUAUAUAUUAAGGUUGGAUUUGAUUAUAGCCUUCUGUAGCUCGCUUAGUAGUGCCACUUUCGAUCGAACAGUCUCAUAUGCUCUUCACUCAACUAAUCUUACACUUAAAUUUGUACUCCUCUAUUUAAACAUAUAUUUACGGGAUUAAAAUCUUCAUCUAAUCGCAUGUUUUAUUGUUUAUCAGUAUAUGAGACUGUCGGGUCAUCUGGUGGCCAUUCUAUACUUUUGAUGUAAGAUACAAACGAAUUUUUCUCUCCAAUUAAAUUUCCUUAAAGGUGAUAUGAUAAAAUUAACAUCAAUUUAGAUUGAAGUAGAAUGCAGUAAAUCUUAUGUACUUAUAUUUAAUCCUUAUAUCUUAAAAUACUGGAAAGCACCAAGUACCAUGCGUGUACGUAAAAUGUAUUGUCUAUAAAGGCCACUCACUUCUAUACCUACGCUACAUUAUCUUACUAAUAAAUAAUUAUUAUAUACACUAGCGAUUUCUAUCUAUCUCUUGUAAUGAUAAAGGUAAUAUUAAGUAGAUUCUGUAAAUUAAUCAUCCUUCCAUUGUUUCUAGUCGAGGUUGCGAUUAGGUUUUUUGACACGAAGGGUUCAAUAUUUUCAAAUAAAUCGAUCAUAUCACAGCGUAUUAUAAUACGCCUUUCAUUGGUAGUUGCAUCAAAAACUUGCAUUUGUUCAGUACCAAAUAGCACGUGCCGAGCUAGUUUCCAUUCUAUUUCAAAGUUUGUUAUUUAGCCUUUACAAAUUUGACAAAUACAUAUAUCGGAGGAGGCAGUUUCAUGUUUUCCUUUGGCGGUUGCAAUUUGAGAAAAUUUUAUGUAGACUAUUAUAACCGUUAUGUAUAUAGUCUUCUAUAUCGUUCUUGUGUAUUGUACAGUAAAAUUUCUUCCUUUUACUCUUAUUUUCUGUUAGACAAUGUCAUUAGAUGGAAUAUGUUUGAGUAUCAGUAGUAUCUCUGUGAUUUUCAUGCUUUCGACCAAUAGGAAAACAUUCAGCUGCCCCUGGGACUAAAAUAUUCUCGGUAUCAUAUCAAUUUGAUACCUUUUACGAAAUGAAAUAUUAAUCUUUAUUACUUCUUCGUAGUGUAAGUUUAGGCUUAAAGCUACCAUAAAAAAUUUAACAAUGUUAAUUAUCUAAUAAUUGAGUAUGAUAUUCAGGUAGAAUUGUUACUAGAAUGAUGGUUUUUAUAUAAAAAAAUAAUAAAUUAAAAUGGAUAAAAGAUGCAAAAAUAUUGAUUAUUGCAUUUUCUUUGAUACGGGACGUAAGAUGAACACCAUAUUCGUAUUUUCCAGAUUAAGAUGAUAAGUAACUCUUCUGCGCUAUUGAAAUUUAGCUUUAAAGAUUCGUGUCGAGGAAAAUGGAAUGAAUUUAGUGAGCGACUUUUUUUCGUAGCUGAGACAUCUCGACUUCGGGAAACAAGUGAAAUUAAUUUAAUUUUAUAUUCAAAAGAAAAUAAAUCUAAAAGUACUGGUGCUGACACCAAAAAUAAUUGAAUUUAAUAAUCGUAACAAGGGUCCACCACUCAUACUAUAAACAUCAGAUGAUAUCACAGCUAAACAACGAAGCCUAGAUUUGGGAGUAAUUAAAAUAAAAUUUUAAUAAUUUUAUCAAGACAAUUUAACGUAAUGCUGCAAUUAAAAAUAAGCAAUAAAUAGUUAAUUACCAAAUGAAGUUAAUAUUUAUAACUCUUAUAAAUAAUAAGUAAACAUUGUUUAUUAUUUAGUUUUCCAAAUAAUUUUAGUAUUGAAAUAGAAGCAAUUGACGUCUGCAACUAUUUUGUUAAAGUUAAAAUUCACAUAAAGUAAAAUAGUUUGUCAAAUUCGGCAUUCAAUAAUAUAACGUACGCAUAUUUGUAACUUUACUAUGACUAAAAAGUACGUAAACGUACUAAGAAAAUCAACUUUCUUCUUGAAAAUUAGGCGUGAGUAAGAUUAGUAAUCGUUUCUUUAAAAGAGUUAGAACGGCAACAUAGCAGAAUAUAAUAUUAUUUUGUUAAUUUCAACAUAAACGUUUUAUAAUAAGGCAUUGACGAAGUUAGUUCUCGAAUUCGAGAUGGCAGCGUAGAUUGUUAAUAGUGAUAUUAUUAAUUAAGGAAAAGUAAAAGAUGUUAUUAAUUUUAACAACGUAGCUAAGUUUUAGAGAUUUUCAAAAUGUUGUAACGAUACAAAAGGGAGCGGCUCUUGAAAGGCUUUUACUUUAGUGAAUGUGUUUGUUACCAGGACCUGUUCAACAGUAUUAUAUUUAACUUCCUACCAAGAACUUUUUUAUUAAUAUUGUUUCUAAUACGUAUGUCUUCUGAAUUCAAAAUUGUUAUUUUGAUUAAAUUUAAAGCAGAUUUUAAAAUGUUUAGAUGGCCAGUAAUUAUUAUUUAUCGUACUAUUUACUUUAAUAUUUUACUGGCCAAUACUAAGAUCGAAUCAAAAUGAUAAGAUCAAUGAUAAGAUCAAAUUUGAGAUAUUGUAUAUUAUGUAAAUGGUACAAUAAAUACUGUAUUGCAAUUUUAAUUGCCUAUCUGGCCCUUGUUUGUUGUUAUAUCAUUGUACAAUAUGUUUUAAUUAAUUAUACUUCAAUGGUUUUUUUUUUAUAAAAUAGCGCGUCUUUAGGCUGUAAUAAUUCUUCUUUAUACAUUUACGAAUCACAAUUAAUUGAAAUAGGGUAACUUGAAAACUUGUGUUAAAGGCGCGAUAUUUAUGAAGAAAUUGUUAAUUUCUGUAAGUGUUAUAUGAUAAGCAGCGGCAUAGUGUCGUUAGUCCAGUGUGCCUAGUGAGAGUUUUCAAUAUUUUCAUACUGUUACGUGCUAUCACGUUGACGUAAACGCGAAUUUGUAUGGAAUUGAAACAGUUGCGCAGUAGUGCCACUAGAUGGCGCUGUUUCAAUUCCUUAGAAAUUCGCGUUGACGUUAACGCGAUAGUAACAGUAUCAAACAGCCACUAGGCCCUUUGAGCUCAGUCGCCGUUGACAACGCCGCUGAAGUCAACAGUUGCUCUUUUGAAAUGAAAAAGUCAUACAGUACUAUAAUUUACAAUUGAUUACAAUUACAAUUUCUUAUAGUUUUACUUCCUGUGUGAAGGUGGAAGCUGAUCCAACGGCCUCCAAGCAACUUUAUCAUUAAGGAACUCAUCGGUGGUGUAGUAACCUCGACUAAGCAAAUGUUUUUUAACACAUUGCUUAAAGUUAUGCAUUGGCAGGUCCAUCACAGUCUUGGGGAUCUUGUUAUAGAAGAGUACACCCAAACCUACAAAAGAUUUUUUUACUCUUUGAAGACGAUAUAAGACGAAGUAACUAACUUAUGCCCGUGUCUAGUAAGACGUGGGUUUAAAACUCCUUUUCGUUUGUACAAAUUAAUAUUUUGUCUUACAUAGAAAUAUAAUCUUUAAAAGAUAUGCCACCAUGCCGCUGCUAAAUAUAUGCUAAUAUUUCAAACUGGCCGUUUACUUAACAGUGUGUAAUCAAGCAAUAUACGUAGUGACAAAUUUAAGAGAACUGCGCAAACGAAUGAUAGUACAAGUAGUAUUCCUUUGACUUUUCUUACAUUUUCCAAGAUAGAAUUGUAUUUUAUUAUAGCAUCGUUGUCCUUAUCAAAGUUUUUAUUGAUUGUUGAAUUAAUAUUAUUAUUAUAUUGUGGUGAUAGUUUUUUAUAGGACGUCGCAUUGGUAACCUCGAGAGUGACGUUUUCAACGCGUUCGCUAGACUUUAGCUUAUAUUUGGAUUAUUACACGAACUUGUAUGAGGUAAAUUUUAGCCCUAAUUAUAUAUAUAUUACUAUGCAUCGUCGGUCAGUCCGAAGUUAUUAAAACACAAGAUACCGUUUACUACCUUCUGUUCAGAUAUUUUUGAACUGAACGACAAAGUAAAGUUAAUUUUUGCUAAUAAUGACCUAACCAAAAAAUUAAAUGUUUGAAAUCCUUGAGCCUUGAUCCUUUAUGCUAGCCACUUACCAUCCCAUAAUCCCACAUGCUUGCAGCGCUAACGGCUUGACGUCCGAUAAAACUGAUCGUGUGUUGGUCGCGAUCAGCAUAAUGUCAUGCAAAUCGCAAUCAACACACGAUCAGUUUUAUCGGCUGUCAAACCGUUAGCGCUGCAGCAUGUGAGUUUACUUGAUCGUCAGUGGCUGACAUUACGUUGUUGCGUACUGCAAUGCCACACAUAUUCGUUUUUUAAGUUUAUUGUUAUUUAUUUAAAAAUUUGUAUUGUGGCACAGUUUGUACGAGCAACCAACAUUAAAGAAAAGUUACUAUUGAAUAAAAUUUCAGAUUAAUGAUUUAAUAUGUAUAAUAAUCAAUUUGUGCUUACUAAUCAUGCGAUUUAUGGUAAAGAUUGCCUAAAAGCAAGUUUGCAUAAUUAUAAUUUCAUUUGUAUGUCGAACAAGAAUUCGUAAAAUGUUUAGCUAAAGGCACUCGUAUUAUGGGCGUAAACAUCGAAAUGUUUGUAAUAAAACUAGUAAUCAUGCUAAGCGGAUAGAUUGGCUAAACUAAAGUACGCCUAAGAAUAAUUUCUGCAUGUCGAAAAGGAAUUCGUAAAAUUUUUUAGCUAAAGGCACUCGUACUAUGUAUGGACUUGAACAUUGAACGUGUUAUGGAAAACGUUACACUCGGGGUCGAUGUUACACGGAAUUUUUUUUGAGUAGUGUUUCGAUUUGUGAAAUUUUGACGUAUGUAAAGAGCAUCGGCGUGUCGACCGUAUUAUGAAAAUUACAAUAAAAAUAAUAAAAUAGUGAGUUACAA